AUGUAUUUUGUGUCAGCAACCGAGUUGGACAGGGUCGCAAUCAUAUCUCCAUCCAAGUCCGAGGGGAGUCGCGACAGGGACAACAUCGCGGUUCCAGCAUUGUUCCGUCAUGACGGCAAGGAACGACUAUCUUCUGUAUUCCAUAGGUCUGUCCGUAUCUCCGCCCAGACGGUACAAGAACUACUCCUUUUUUAUCAAACGAAAUUGGAUGGCAAAUACACUAUGCACACGCGACCUUGCGCGUGGGACUCCGCGUGUAUAUGCAUGUAUAUGCGUGUGCUAGAGUCACAAUGCGAACACCCGGCCUCGGUAUCAGCUGCAGCCUACGAGGUACCCGUUGAAGAUGGGAUUCGGUAUUUGACCUUCCAAGUCGCAUUUUGUAGUCCCCGUGCGCGUCUCGGUGUCGCUGAGACGCGGGUCGAAUCAUCAUUCGGUGAUGGAAGACCUUACUGCACGCCUACGCUACUUAACUCGAUUGUACUCAGAUCAGAAGUAAGGAGCGGUGGGGAAUCAGCUGGAAUCCGGCAUAUGAUAUGCCCCGAAGCCAACGUACGCGCCAACUCGUCCAAUAUUUACCCUCAAAGUGCAGCGAUGAUCACCGAUGGAACUUACAGGAUCGAAAAUGACUUGUAUGACAAACGGUAUGUCUGUAUGUUAGGAGACAAGUCAGGAGACUGGGAGUUCGUCGGCCAUGACGUUGGUGACAUCAUCAAAGUCGAAGUCAAGGACAAGGUUCGACAUCUUGCGACUCUCUAUGAUACUGUGACAGAUUUGUACAUUGGGAUCGAUGGCAAGGCAAACAAGGUCAAAGGCUACACCCAACCGCAGGUGCUCCAGUUGUCCAGUGACGAUGGCGAUAAAUUCGAGAUCCAUAGGCAAAACAUCAAUAAGGUGUGGACUCUCAAAGACGACUCAGAUUUGUGCCAGAUCAUUGCUGAGGCGCCUCCCGAUUCGGACAGAAAGUACUGGAAGUUCGAAAAGGCGAGCACUAUUACUGCAGCUGGCCGUACCCGUAGUUCUACUCAGGCUGGUAGAGAAUUCAACGAUUCCUUCGCACUCGCUUGCUUCGAAAAUUAAAUCCACCUUUAUUCCACUUAUUAUGUACAAAUUUAUUCACUUGUGUAGAACACACCGGAACUUUAAUUGCAAAAAGUUGG